AUGACUGGACAAUCAAAGCCAGCUCUCUCACCAUGGGGCAGCGCCGUUGCAGGUGCGACAGGUGCUGUGCUUGCCAAUGCGAUGGUAUACCCACUUGACCUGGUCAAGACAAAACUGCAAGUACAAGUUAAGGAGAAGACCGGCGCCUCAUCCUCAGACCUCGAGCACUAUGAAUCGACCAUAGACGCCAUCACCAAGAUCGCGGAGAAGGAAGGCAUCAGCGGCCUGUACUCUGGAAUGGCGGGAUCGCUCCUCGGUGUUGCAUCGACCAACUUCGCAUACUUUUAUUGGUACAGCGUCGUCAGAACCCUGUAUACGGCCUCCGCCAAAUCAUCGAAAGCCCCUGGCACCGCAAUCGAACUCUCCCUUGGUGCCGUCGCGGGUGCUGUCGCCCAGAUCUUCACAAUCCCGGUGGCUGUCAUCACCACCCGCCAGCAGACACAACCCAAGGGUGAUAAGAAAGGCCUGAUUGAGACGGGCCGGGAGGUGGUCGAGAGCGAGGACGGCUGGACCGGCCUGUGGCGCGGACUGAAGGCCAGUUUGAUAUUGGUCGUCAACCCUGCCAUUACCUAUGGCGCAUACCAGCGUCUGAAGGAGGGCCUUUUCCCAGGGAAGAACAAUCUCAAGCCUUGGGAAGCAUUCCUUCUUGGUGCCAUGUCCAAGGCUAUGGCCACAAUCGCUACUCAGCCUUUAAUCGUCGCCAAGGUCGGUCUGCAGUCUCGUCCCCCACCUAGCCGUAAUGGCAAGCCCUUCAAGAGCUUUGGUGAGGUGAUGAAGCACAUUGUUGAUAACGAGGGUCUCUUCGCUCUCUUCAAGGGCAUUGGGCCUCAGAUCUUGAAGGGACUUUUGGUCCAGGGUCUUCUUAUGAUGACCAAGGAGAGGAUGGAAAUCCUCUUCAUUGUCUUGUUCGCUUACCUCAAGGGCAUUAAGAAAGACAAGCUGAGCAAGGUUGUGGAAUCGGCAGCUGCAAAGGCCCAGACCAGCCGACCUGCUACUCUUAAAUAA